AUGCUGGUUACCUAUUUGGAAGCCAGCCGGGACCUUUGCGAGACGGACUCAAUUCUUUUUGGCGCCGCGCUGGCAGUCUGCCGUAUCAUAGGCGCCAAGGUUUCCACGGCUGGACGCGCUACUGGCCAUAGUAGCGCUAUCCCAGCAUGGAGAAGAAGAAUUGAGGAACGUAUCGCAAAGGCUAGAGCUCUCAUCGGCAGACUGAUAUGCUUCAGAUCAGGCAACAACAGGCCAAGAAUUGUGCGCACCGUCAGGAUGGCGUUUGCUGGGACAAAUGUCAGUUUGUCCCAGCCGGAUAUAACGCAAAAACUGACGGAGCGCAUAGAUGAUCUGAAGCAGAGAAUCGCUGCUUGGGGAAAGCGGAUUCGGCGAUAUACCGAGAGGUCGACACGGUUCAACCAGAAUCGUCUCUUCCAGAGUGAUCAGAAGAGGCUCUAUGAAUCAUUGGAGCGACCAAUGGUAAGUGGAACGGGUCCAGCACCGAAUCGGGCCGACACUGUAGCAUUCUGGCGCGGCCUGUGGUCAGAGCCCGUAAACCACAGCGAGGGCCCUUGGACGGAAGUUGUGGCGAGUCAGUGUGCGGGUAUUACGCCCAUGGACCCCGUCAUCAUAACGCCGGAUGACGUAGCUGAGGCGGUUCGUAGGGCCCCGAACUGGAAAAGUCCGGGGCUUGACGGGCUGCAUCACUACUGGCUGAAGGGGUUCAUGGAACUAGAAAUAGAGCAAAUGAGGAGUACAUUGGAAGAGGCGAUUUUGGAAACGCGCAGCACGCCUCUCGAAAAUCGACCGCGACUUCCCCGCAUACCCCUAAGCAAGCGAAAUCGGGCUGUCGUGAGGGCUCUGAACCCAAUGCUGGUAACCUAUUUGGAAGCCAGCCGGGACCUUUGCGAGACGGACUCAAUUCUCUUUGGCGCCGCACUGGCAGUCUGCCGUAUUAUUGGCGCCAAACUUCCCACGGCUGGACGCGCUACUGGACAAAGUAGCGCCAUCCCAGCCUGGAGAACAAGAAUUGAGGAACGUAUCGCAAAGGCUAGGGCCCUCAUCGGCAGACUGAUAUGCUUCAGGUCAGGCAAUAACAGGCCAAGGAUUGUGCGCACCGUCAGGAUGGCGUUUGCUGGGACAAAUAUCAGUUUGUCCCAGCCGGAUAUAACGCAAAAACUAACGGAGCGCAUAGACGACCUGAAGCAGAGAAUCGCUGCUUGGGGAAAGCGAAUUCGCCGAUAUACCGAGAGGUCGACACGGUUCAACCAGAAUCGUCUCUUCCAGAGUGAUCAGAAGAGGCUCUACAAAUCAUUGGAGCGACCAAAGGUAAGUGGAACGGGCCCAGUACCGAAUCAGGCUGACACGGUCGCAUUCUGGCGCAGCCUGUGGUCAGAGCCCGUAAACCACAGCGAGGGCCCUUGGACGGAAGUUGUGGCGAGUCAGUGUGCGGGGAUUAGGUCCAUGAACCCCGUCAUCAUAACGCCGGAUGACGUAGCUGAGGCGGUCCGUAGGGCCCCGAACUGGAAAAGUCCGGGACUCGACGGGCUGCAUCACUACUGGCUGAAGGGGUUCGUGGUGUGUCACGCUGUGCUCGCCCGACAGUUUCAAGAGGCUCUCAACCAGAAGUCGCUCCCGAGCCUCUUCACUACUGGGAUCACCCAUUUGGUUCCUAAAGACCAGGAAAAUAAAUUCAGUUCCUUCUCGGAUAAGCGCACGAAGCAAUGGGUCUGUCCGGAGUGCGCUUGUUCUAAACCUAAACGCUAUGACCCGAAUACACCUAUCAGGGACACCCCGGAUCUGAAAACAUUCACGCCCAGUGCUAAUGUCAACACUCAACGGGGAAGCCGCAUGCAAUUGAUGGAUGAAUCAAUUGUCGAGUGUGAUAAUAAUAGUAAUGAUAAAUUGCUGUCUGAGUUUAGAAAGCUAAAAUAUGAAGUCUUAAGCCGAUUAGACGUGCAAACUAACAUUAUUAAACAUCUUCAAGAAAUAUGUUUUUCUACAAAAACGGAAUUAGAAGAACUAAGGAUUAAAAUGAAAGUAUUUCAAAAUAAAUUGUUCCCAACGGAUCUGUUAUCAACUCAAAAUCAACAGUUUGAAAGUAUUGAUAGUAUAACGGAAAGUUUGAAUACAGGCCUCGAAAUGUCUAAGCAAAUCGAUGUCCCAUAUACAUUCGCUGAUGUGGCUCGCAUGAGCCUAAAUAAUGUAAACAAAACAAACGUUACUCCCUGCGUAAUAAAAACGCCUGCGGCCAUGAAAAUAGCAACCGGGAGAGGGUCCGUUGUCCAAACUCAACCAAUUAAUCAGCCACAGUGUGUGACUCCAAGGAAAGAGUUAAAUAUUAAUAUUAGUGAGGAAGAAGAAAAAAAUUAA